GACUAACGACAGCUGUUGUAGAUUUACGACUGACGUCCCGUGAAUCCGCGUUCCCCCUUAGACUUCCCAGGCAGUCGUCGGCACUGAGUGAAGUCGCCGCGUUUGUCCGCCGAGUAUUCCUACGACCGGCGUUUUCCUCCAGUCAAAGCGUCAUACUUCCCCCGCGACCAUGUCUCAGGUCCGCGCGUCUCACAUUCUCAUCAAGCACCAGGGCUCUCGCCGUCCCGCAUCCUGGAAAGACCCUAACGGAGAGACAAUAGGGCGGACGACGAAGGACGCGGCGAUUCAGCAGCUGCUGGCGAUCAGAGAGCGCAUCGCCAGCGGCGAGCUGGAUUUCGGCCAGGUCGCCAAGACCGAGUCGCACUGCAGUUCCGCCCGAAACAACGGCGAUCUGGGCUGGUUCAGCCGCGGUCAGAUGCAGAGACCGUUUGAGGAGGCGACGUUCGGGAUCAAUGUGGGCGAGAUGAGCGGCAUUGUGGACACCGACAGCGGCGUGCACAUCAUCCUGCGCACCGGAUAAAUCAACAGCACUGGAUGUACGAACAGCAGCAUUUUGCUGACAAGAAAUGUGGCCUCCUUUGGGACAAGCCUGGUUGGAGCAGAAGGGAACAGUGGAGAAGGGAUUUUGCCGAUCCGAGUUGUGCUCCUCUGUCGCUGCAGGGUGGUCUCAACUCAAUCUCAACUCGAGGUUUUUCCUUUUCUGUUCAGUCGAAUUCCAGUGGAAGAUUUACUGCUGGCUGUUAUCUAGCUCGUGUUGCAUGGCAUGCAUGCUCCUAAAUUUCUAGGUUGUGCAGGAGAGGAGAAAGGUCAAGAAAGAUGGAUGGCUGCUUUCAGUGGAAUCCUUGUGCCAUGAUGAUUCAUAGGCGAAAAAGUAGC